CGCUCUGCUUGAGGUUCUUGGGGUAGAUUCAAGUUUGCGGCUUGCUUGGAAACUUUCGCUCUUUUCUUAGUGCCGAUAAAUUUGAACAACUCAUCGACGCUUUAACGCACACUGACAGGACGAUGGUGUUUAAGGUACUCCUAUUUUCCUAAUUUUCUUUCUUUUCCUCGUGUUGUUAUAUUUGCGUUUUAAGUUUCUCGUGUCCCGCUCUGCCUAGAAAAUGUUACCUUGUUCCUUCCCUAUAAGAAUAGAAAGGAUAUUGCAUUUUUUCCAGACAAGGAGCUCGCUUUUAGUUCUUUUUCGUUUCAUUAGCAUAGGGAGUUUGAUUUUUUCUCUUCUGUCAUAGGCCGGUUUUAAACCUUUCAGUGCCAAAUGUGGCCAAAGGCAAUAAUUCAACGAAAAUUCCCAAAUUUCAUUUUGCAAAAUUUGGAAAAACAGAUAGCACCAUGUGACCAUACUACCAGAGAGGAUUUGGUCCACAGACUUAAGAGUAAGAGCCACCUUACAAAACCUCAUCAUUAACUCUGGCAGUAAAAGGAUUGAUGAGUCAUAUCAGCCACUUCCAUCCUCCCACUCUUGCAGUGGCACUUUAUGCCCAGUUUUUAAUGUAUGUGUGUUUUCUUUCUUUCUCUCUUUUUUCUGUUUCCUUGUUUCGUAAAAUUUGUUAUCCAAUAGCUGUGACUUGGCGCCGCAUCGGCGCGCAAAGAGGAAGAAAAAAAUUACGUUUUACAAACUGACUCAAUAAGAUUAAUCACCCACCGUAAAUAGGUUUAGAAGUUGAUCAAUAGAGCGCUUGUCUUUUCUUUUUUAAAAUACCGUUAUCAUGAUUUGCGUGUGUCUGUGCAUUUUUCACAUCCGUUUGAAGUAUCACUAUUUCAACAGGAUUUAAUUCUUACUAAUGAUAUCCAUGUAAUGUUCUUCAUUGUAAAGCAUCCAAUAACAAAUAUAUGAAUAACCCAGAUUGACAAGGAACAAUUUCAGCAAUUUGGUUAUAGUUUGUGGAUAAAAGUGGGUUCUUGAAACAUUUGAUGUGAAUUACGGUAUGUUAAUCGAGGAAGCUAUGGUAGAAAUCAAAAUUGUCAAAAUCGACUGCAGUUUCUCUUACCAUAUCUGGGCUAUCAGAACGAUUUGAAUUACUGCAAUUGACCCGCCCCAUUCUCAAAAUAUGAAGGCAAAAAUCAAAUCAGGGUGUGGAAUUCGUACCCCUUUGCUUAAGUAUUAGCUGAUCCACUCAGAUAGCUAUAUAGAGGCACGUGAUGGCCUCGUGUGCAGAAUGAUCAGCCGAGUUCACCGUGUUCGACGCGAUUUACUACGGGUUUCUAUUUUUAUAGUUAUUCUCUUUUCAUGUGAAUAUGGUUUACAAAAUCAGGAGAAAAACAGUACAAAAACCUAAUAAUAACAAUAAUAAUAAUAAUAAUAAUAACAUUAAUCAUAAAAAUAAUUAUGACAAUUUAGGGGUAGCACAUCCACAAAGCGGUUCUUCGUCUCAUAUUUCUGGUCGAAUUGGAAUUCAACUGGAACCGUUGGUUUUUGAGGAGAGGGGAAAUGCGGGAUACCCGGAGAAAAACCUCUCGGAGCAGUGGAGAGAACCAACAAAAGACUCAUGAUCCACGCAGAAGGCUCGGAUUUGAACCCGGGCCACAUCGGUGGGGUGCGAGUGCUCUCACUACUGCGCACGCACCCUUGCUCUCUAUAAACAGAAAAACGAUGGUUUACUCUGAGGCGCCAUCACAUUAAUUAAUUGUUUGCUAAUUAAUUUUUUUUGUUACUAUUCCAGAAUACAGCCUUUUUCCUUAUUUUAUCUCUGAUCAUUUAUAAUGACGCUAUCACCGUUCAGCAAUCCCCGUGUCAGAUUCAGUCAUUUUACGCUCGGGAAAUUGGGUCUGGUGAAGGCAAUCUCCUUCGAGUUCAUUUGGAUACGGCUGGUAUCCCGACAAACGUAUCGAUUAGUGGCUCCUGCGACAGCACUAAGAUAAAGUUUUCAAGUAAGUUAUUUAUCUUUUUAGUCGUUAUGAAGAAUUUUAAUUAGGCACCCAAUUCAUCUCAUCAUAUAGAGCAUCCUAUUGAAUAUUUCCAGAAUUCAUCGAAGAGCGAAGAGCCAUCAAUGGAUCUAAUUUUGCAGUGUCCUUCCAUUGGGAAAUCGACAAAAAUUAUGUGUUGGCCGUGAAAGAAGGCAAAUUAAUCAUU